AAAGGUUCAGAUCCACUGGCCCUUAUGCGUGACUGUGCAAAUUGUCUAAGGUUUACGGUAGCAUGUUAAAAAAGGGGAAAUUCACAGAGCUCCAGCAGGCAGUCGUGAAAGCUGAACGGAGAUGAAAUGAUGCUUGCAGGGAUAUGAAUAUUUGUCGGGUGGACUGCGGCUGAACGGUCCAGACAUCGGCGUUUCUCACGCACGAGACUGUAAAGGAUGGGAAUACAUUUACUUUAACACUAAUUAUUUUAUCUCGUAUCAAACGCUGUUCGCGAAUCGUUUACGUCAUUAUAUACGCUUAACGUUUUUAAUAUAUAACUUGUGAAGUGAUCGGCACUCUUUGCUUUUAGUCUAUGAUAGACGUUUUCAGUUACGGUAUCGCUGCAAAGCUCAGUGUGCACAGUUCGUCUUAAAGGAGCCAUUAUAGGGAGCACACACGGUUAAAAUGACUAUGUCCGUCCCGGAAAAGCUAUCAGGGUCUGAGGGUAAAGAGGAAGAAAGUGAAGAUGAGAGUGAAAUCCUGGAGGAAAGCCCGUGCGGCCGCUGGCAGAAGAGACGCGAGCAGGUCAGUCAGGGAAAUGUCCCAGGCAUUGAGAGUGCAUACCUGGCCAUGGACACCGAGGAGGGGGUGGAGGUUGUGUGGAAUGAAGUGCAGUUUUCUGACAAGAAGGUUUUCAAGUCUUUUGAGGACAGGAUAAGAGAGAUGUUUGAGAACCUGAUGCAGGUUGAGCAUCCAAACAUUGUAAAGUUUCACAAGUACUGGCUGGACAUGAGAGAGAGCCGAGCGAGGGUGAUUUUCAUUACCGAAUACAUGUCAUCUGGAAGUCUCAAACAGUUUUUGAAGAAGACCAAGAAAAACCACAAAACUAUGAAUGUAAAGGCAUGGAAGCGUUGGUGCACGCAGAUCCUCUCUGCACUCAGUUACUUACAUUCCUGUGAUCCACCCAUUAUCCACGGUAACCUGACCUGUGACACUAUCUUUAUCCAGCACAACGGCCUUAUAAAGAUUGGUUCAGUUUGGCACAGACUGUUUGUAAAUGUGUUUGCUGAGGCUAUUCAUGGGAAUGUGCACCAGCAUCGAGAUGAGGUGCGAAAUCAGCACUUCUUUGCUCCAGAAUAUGGCAUUGCUGAAGAUGACCAUGCCAUUGAUAUAUUUUCGUUUGGUAUCUGUGCCUUGGAGAUGGCAGUGUUGGAAAUUCAAGCAAAUGGAGACACCGCGGUUUCAAAAGAGGCCAUAGAUCAUGCUGGACACUUACUUGAGGAUCCACUCAUGAGGGAAUUCAUCCAGUCGUGUGUACGCACAGAGGCAAAGACGAGACCCACGGCUCAUGACCUGCUGUUUCAUAGAGUCUUAUUUGAGGUCCACUCCUUAAAACUGCUUGCUGCGCACUGCUUUAUCAAUAACCAGUAUCUUCUUCCUGAGAAUUGUGUAGAAGAGAAAACCAAAUCGUAUGAUCCUAAUGGCAUUAUGGCAGAGAUUAAUCAUCAAGACCGACCUGGAGUUCAUCUAAAGUAUUCUCAUGUUUCUCCACUUGAGUUGGACAAAUUCCUUGAAGAUGUGAAGAAUGGCAUAUACCCCCUGAUGAACUUUGCUUCCCACCGGCCGCAUCCUAUUCCCCGCGCUCUUUCUUUGUCCCAGGAACAGACGGAGACUGUGAAGUCUCCAACCCCAGAACCACAAGAGACUGAAACCAGGAAGGUUGUCCAGAUCCAGUGUAAUUUGGAAGCGAACGAAGAAGGCACAAGGAGUCAUCUCUCGCUCUUUUUAAAGAUGGAUGACAGGCUUCACCGCCAACUUAGCUGUGAUGUUCUGCCAUCUGACAGUUCCAAGGACUUGGCUAGUGAAUUGGUUCAUCAUGCUUUUAUUAGCGAGGAGGACUGUGAGAAGCUGGCAGGUUUUCUUGAGGAUGCAUUAUGUAAGCACCGGUCAGGGACGUCUUGCUCUCCUACUGCCAUGGCUGUGAUGUACUAAGUCCAGCUGGUCUAAACUGAAGUCUUCAAACAGACGAACGGAGCCUGCAGAAUGGGCCUGAGCUUGAGAAAAAGAGAGCGAUCCGGACUGACAAGAGCAAAACUCAACAUUUAAUAAGUGAAGUUCAUGACAAGGUGGCUUUCGAAAAAGCGAGGCAAACGGCACUGUUCAUUCACGAAGUACAAUGAGCUCAGACGGUUGGCUUUAAAGAGGAAGGUUAAUCCUGUCAUCGCAUAAUGAUGAUGAAACACACAGAGGGAUUCUGCUUCAGUGCCAACAUUUUAGUUUUUUUUCUUGAAAUACGAGUUGAAUGGGGAUUUUUAAUCAUAAACAUCCUUCAAAGUCAAGCUGUCUAUGAAAUCAUCCGUCCUCCACCCAUCUUCCAAAAGACAUUUGCCAGGAGAAAAAUCUUGCACAAACAGACAUUUAGGAUGCUUUGGGAACCUGAGAGAGGAGGCUAAAAGUCAAAUAAAUAAAUAAAUAAUGGCUUCCCAGUGAUCGACAUAACUGGAUUAUUUUAUCGGGUGUCUGCGUAUUCCAGACUUUAAUGUAUUAUUUAUUAUUUUAAACUAUUAAUACAUGGUCUUGAUAGAGAGACAUGUUUAAUACUCUAAGCAAGGUAAACAUUUUUGUUUUUAAAUAAUAAAAUACAAAUUUAAUCAAGUUUAAUUUCUUUGUUUGCCUGAUCGUGGGCAAAUUAAUUGACUGUGAUGAAAGUGCUCUUGGCAUCCGUUAUUUUAAUAUUUCUCUUUCAACACUCCCUGUUUCAGAUCAGGGGUGAAUUUUACAAAGACCAAGUGCCUUUGUGUUAAUAAUUUUAUUUUUAUUUGCUUUGGUAUUGGUAAUCAAUGCGUGUUGUUGCCUCAAAUGUUUGCUCUGUCUGUAGCAAUAAAACAAAAGGGCACUUCAUAAGUUACUGGACCAAGAGAGAUUUUUUCAACCAAAGGAACAAAUGUGUCAAAUACAAAUAAAAGCAAAUAACUAAGCAUUUUGAGCAAAUAAUGCGUUGACACACUGAGGCUUCAGUCCAUUCAAUGUCUAAGUGCAAAUGUGUUGAUGUGAGCAGCACAUGUGAAUAGGAGCUAAUACUUGAUCAGCUGCUCUGAGGUGUUUAACAUAUAUGUGCCCAAUUUAUGUUUCCUAUGUUUGUGUUUGGUUUUUGUAAUUGUUUUAAAGAUGUUUACAACCCUCAUGUCUUUUACACCAAUGAAUGCAUAGAAUAAACUGACCUGUGACUGAACUAGAAGAAAAAAGGUUUACUUUAAUAAAUCCUUUUUUGUGGGGGUGUAUGAUGUUAUUUUCAUGGCAUCAUCAUUUUACAAAAUAGGCUUAUGUGUAGCUUAUAUUUUAUGUGAUAAGAAAAUGGAACAUUACGUUAUAUUUGGUCGGAAUUGCAUUAUCUGUUUCACUCUCAUUGUACCCGUUAUCACAACACCGCAAAUCGCGAUCGUGACAGCAGUGUGCUAAUGCCAUACAAGUUCUGUUUGAUGCGCCAUGACGCGCAUUUAUUCGUCUUCUAGCGUCCGAUCACGCGCAUUGACUCGCCCGGUUUUUAAAGUCAAGUUCAAGUACUCUGAAACGCAACGUGGUAUCAAAUAUAGUUGUUUACGUUCGGGUUAGUCAGUAGCUGAUGAUAAAGUGCACAGGUUUUAGACAGUAACUCGUGCAGGUGCUGAUGUCACUGAAGCUCAUUUUAAGCCAGUUGGAAUAAGCGGAACAGAGCUGUUUUUAUUAUAAUGAUUGUGUAUUUUAAUUAAACGUAGGCUGCUCAAUAGCUGCUUCACUACUGUUUUGCAUACAAUAGUUAUUUAAAUGUUAUUUUGCAUAGCACUAAAUGAAGAAAUGUAUUGGUUAUUUAUCCAAUUUUGGUGUGCUACUUUCAAAGACGCUUUAUUAUUUUAUUGAUUUGUAGAUAUCGGUUUGUAGUCCAACUCCGAUUCAUUAAAUAAAUGAAAUUAAAAAGUUUAAUAAUAAUAAAAUUAUACAAAACUUUUUAAAAUACUUUUUUAGUCAUUUUCAGUUUUUCUGACAAGUGCAUCCAAAAUUUUCGUUUUGGCUCUGAAUUUUCAUUUCUGUGCAUCACUACUUUAUUUACUGAACAGAUAUCUGUACAGCCAGAGCUGUAUCUGGGUGCGAUGCUUACAACUGAGAUCUUGCAUAAAAAAGGGGAAGAUACACUGCAACUAUCACCUCCAAUGUUUGAUUGCCGUUUGCAUAUUUAAGCAGUAUUAAAACUUUAAAUUUUGACAUGUUGGCCAGAGCAAUCGUAUGCUCUACAUGGGGUGCUUUCAGUACUUUUGACUCCCCAAUAUCUCAAAAUGUAUGCUAGUAAAAUAAUGUUUUUCCAGAAUUUCUCAUGUUUAUUACAUGCAUGGUUUGUUUGGUGCAAUCUCAAUUUAUACUAGCAAUUUAAUGAUAUGAAAACGGUCAACAUCCGUUUAUCGGUCAACAACCAUGUUAUCAUAAGACACAUGUACUUGCAGUGUGAUCAACUUUUAUGUAGAUACAUGCUAGAAAUAUAAUUGUGCUACGUUUUAUAAAUGUACUCUUUAUUCCUGGUGUCCUUUUUAUCAAAUAUGACCUUUGCUUUUGGGGAGUUUAAUUUUUCUUUUCAUUUUUGUUUAAAUUGUAUAAGGUGACAUGAAAUUUACUAUAUAAUUAAACCAUCUAAUACUAUA